AUGUUCCAUUCUCCCGCAGAUGGCCAAGUCGCCGACGCCCCUCGAUUGGAGCUCCCCGGCACAAAGAGCGAGUACUUCGAAGACCUCCUCAGGCUAGAGAGAGCAAGCAAGGCGCCGGUGCCCGCGACUUCCGAGGAAGCGACCACGACCAACGAGCAGGCGACGGACACUCCUCCUUCGGCUUCCUCCAAGAAUCUGACCUUCUUCUUCCGCAAGCACGAGGAUAGCGACAUCUACCACACUGUAGGUGGACGCCGCAGAAGGGGCCUGAUCAUCGAUCCGGGCGCGGCGAAUGGCCUCAUCGGCACCGAGACGCUCAGGGAUCUCCUUCAGCACAUCGACAAGGCGCAGCAGGUCAAUGAGACGCUGCUCUGGAGGCCAAAGCAGUCUGAAGUCACAGGAAUCAGUGGAGCCGCGGACACCACCCUCGGCGAGGUCACCAUGGCUCUUCCGAUGAUUCCUGGUCUGGAGACUGCGAAGUACAAGGCCGACGUGAUCGGCGGCGAAGCAAGCAUGUGUCCCGCACUAGUGGGCAACCCGGCUUUGGUGAACAUGAAUGCCGUGCUUGCCUCCAACUGGUUCUCGAACAAGGACGGCCUCCUCAUCAUUCCCGAUGGCGAGGAGAAUAUGCACUUGAUCCGGCUUCUCUUCACCGACUCUCGUCACUACCUUCUGCCCUUGGACUCCGAAAUCGACAGCGUCACGUCAGCCGACGACAUCAACAAGGCCAAGACCUUUCUGGCGCAAGCUGAGACAGAGUCGCGGAAGAGAUGGACGGAUGUCAGAACAUGGUUCUCAUGGGCGACGACACCGAAGCGGAAGCGGAGUCAUGGCGUCCAAGAACUACAUGACAAAAAGGGCAACGAAGCCAUCAACGACACCAACCACAUGCACCACAACAAGGACGACAACGACCUUAAGGAGCGGAAGACAGUGCGAUUCGCAGAAGAGUUUCCGACAGCUACGUCGACCACAUCAUCCGAGAACAUGACCGACUCUAGGGCCACAGAGCAGACCUCUGUGCAAGAAGAGUUUCCGACAGCUUCGACCACAUCAUGCGAGAACACGACCGACUCUGGGCCUUUAGUUAGUGAACAUGUUCCAGAGUCACCAGAAGGCAAGGGGCAAUUUGCAACACAAGCGUUGUCGAGUGAGACCCUGGCGUCAGCGACCGUCGAGGCAAAGUUCGACACACCAACGAUGUAUCCGGGCGACUGUUAUCCUCCUGGGCUACAUGACCAAAAGGUGCAGAAGCUCAGUCGUCAGUACAGGGCCAUUCAGGAGGAAUUCUACACAAAGUCCGGCUACCUGACUGUGACGCCAGAAAACUUCCACCAAUGGAAGCAGACCAGCAAGGCCAAGCGGAAGAGUCAGUUCUGGGAGAUAUGCAGCGGAUCUGGACGGCUUUCAUACCUUGCACUCCUUGCUGGUCUGUCAGUGGCGUUUCCUGUGGACUUCCGAUAUGGCUGGAAUCUUGGCGAUGUGAGUUAUCAGAGUAUGCUUCUUGAAGCUCAGAAGCAGAUGCGACCUGAUGUCCUGAUGCUGUCUCCGUCCUGUGGCCCAUGGAGUACCUCCGCGAAUCGACUUACUGCAGAGGAUUGCGAACGACUUCGAGAAGAAGAACGCAACACGCUGAAUUUCAUCAAAAAGCUGGCCAAGAACCAGUUCGAUGAAGGCCGUGGUGUGCUCAUCGAGAAUCCCUGGGGUUCGGCGUUGUGGACGAAGUCAGUUCUCGCCAACAUGGAGAAUGAGAUCUCCGGCUUCCGACCAAAACAACGUGCAGACCAGUGUGCGUAUGGCGCUGUGGAUGAGAAGGGCAAGCCCAUCCAGAAGGCCACGGGUCUGCAAGCCAACUUCUCCAUAAGGAACUCCACUCACCGAUGUCGGGGACACCGACAAGGACACGGAGUUCUCCAAGCAACCUACAAGGGCAUGAACCGCACCACUUUGGCCGCGGUCUAUCCCCAUCAGUUUUGCCGAGCUAUGAUCAAGGACGUCAAGAAGUUCAUCGCCGCAGACAAGGAGUCCUAUUUCAUCGGCUAUAAGUGUCAGAAAUGCGCCCUGGGCAAGGGCGCUCCUCCAGGAACAGAGCACACUUUGAUCCCUCGUGAAUGCCGACACGCCAGCUCAUUGCCUACGCCGGCGACCUCAUCAGCAAGCCGAAGCUCUCAGGAUCCUCCACCAGUUCGUACGGCAGUCACGACCCCAGUGCCUCAACUGUUGGAGGAGUACAAGCAAGCGGCACUGAGGAAGGCCAAUUUGACAUUUCCAUUGCCUAUGCCCUUCCUUCGCACGGAGUCGGCUCCCCUUCGAAUGAUCAUCCGAGGCGAAGUCAAGGCAUGGACCAUCAAGCCAAUGGAAGACUUGCGGACCUACACCGACAACCAGCUCAAGGCCAAGUCCUACAACGAAGACUGGGUCAUUGCGAUCUUCGGUUCGGCUCCCAAGGACAAGGACUACUGGGAGAUUGACCGCAAUCGUGGCCGCGCUUUACGACAUCAUGUACAACCACGAGUUGCUUUGUUCACACCUAGAGAAGACGAGGGCCCGGUGAAUCUCGAUGAGUUGACUUCAUCAAGAACUACCAUGGCAACUCCUUAUGACACGCCAGGGCCCAAGGUUGUGAUUCGGGAUGAAUGGACUUCCCGAGACAGCUCACGAGCAGCGCUUGAACAAGGACGAUGGACAGGAACGACAGGGUUCCAACUUCGAGCUCCUGACGAAGAUGAUGAUGGUCAACAAGAUCCCGUCCUGAAGAGCGCGGAGAUACAGGAGCAGCAGCUGGAUACCGAGGAACAGCUCAAUGAGGCCGAGGACAACGAAGCGGUCGAGCCCGAAACAUCAGGUGAACCAAUCGAUCCACCGCGGCGCUCGAACUUCGAUUUUCGAAGGGUGCUUGUUCGACUUCCCCGAUUGGUCAAGAAUGACAUUGAGCAGGCCAAGCGACUUCUGCUGGGUUUGCACGAAAGGUUCUGGCACGCCAAUGCUGGCGAUCUGCAAUCCCUGCUCAUAAGGUCCGGAAUGCCGUCAGAUGUGGUGAAGCUGGUACCUGAAGUAGUGGCCGGCUGUGCCAUCUGUCGUAAGCACAGCAAGCUGAAGUCAAGGCCAGCGGUCAAGUCGAAGCAUCCCAUGACCUUCGGAGAAGAAGUUCAAGCAGAUUAUUUCCAGCUGUGGGAUCAAUGGUUCAUCAUUUUUAUCGACGUGGCCACUCGUUACAAGGUGGUCACCAAAGUCGCUGGACGGGACCUUCCCACGGCUUUGCAUGUGCUACUGCACAACUGGCUUCGAUUCUUCGGUCCAAUGCGACGCCUGGUUUCCGACCAAGAGUCCUGUCUCAUGUCGCAUGAGGCUGCGGCAGAGCUGGAGAGGCUGAAUAUCAGUCGCGAACCAGCCGGCACAACCAGAGGCAAGGCGCAAGGCCAGCACACCACCACCGGCUUGGUGGAGAAGCGCACGGAUCUGGUCAAACUGCACAUGCUCAAGAUACGUGCAGAAGUUGAGCGAGCUGGUCUUGAUGUGAAUGUUGGCGACAUUGCGGCGGAGGCAGGCUUCGCACAAAACGCAUCGGUCAACCUGGGUGGCUACACACCUCACAUGCUGGUCACAGGCAGUCUGCCAUUCCCCUUCUAUGACCUUGAUGCCAAUGGCAUACAGGCUGUGACAGGCGCCAACAUGACCAGACCGUCAGUCUUCGAGAACGCCCUUCGUCUGAGACAGAUAGCACUGGCAGCAGCCGCGCAGGCAAUCACCGAGGACCGCAUUGCCCGAGCAGCACACACGCGACCUCAGCGUGUGGAGACCGAGAACAUGCAGCCUGGGGUCACCGAGAUCGAGUUCCACAGAGAAGACGCCGAUGGUCUCGGAUGGCGAGGCCCAGGUCUGUUGUUGAAGCUCCAGGACAACGGCUCAGCGAUCAUAGAAUAUCAAGGGCGUCCUUACCUGGUUCCACUUCGGAACCUGCGGAUCUUCCGCGGAACCUACUACGCUAACCAUCUUUCUGAAACUGACGCAAGACGCCAACAAGAACUGGACUCAUGGCUGGCAUUGCGAGUUCUCAUGCAGAGCACGGAGGCAUGUGUUCCGUUCAGAAUGGACACCUUUGGUCAUCUGAAGAAUGCCUCUGGCAAGUGGUCGUUGCUUCCAAAGACCAUGGACCCAAAGCAGCGACAAGUCAUCCUGGACGACAUUGUUAAGGCCUCCAGCUUCCUCACGAACAAGGAAUGCCAUGGCAUCCGAGUUGGCGUCGGUCUGAAGAAGAUGCUGACUCCUCCUGGAACUACAGGUACGCUGGUGGCCUGGCAGAAGCAUACCGUCCGAAUGUCCAUCAUUGACAAUCCUCGUGGCACGAACAUGGCCACUACCAACAUCAGAAUGACUGGGCGCGAGGACAUGUGCUUCAUCUACUUCUACAGCUACGCGGCAGACUUUGUGGAGCCUCCGAUCUCCGACUGGAUGCCACGCGGCACUCCUAUGGAGGAAUCACCACUGGUUCCUUCAUCACCGCCUUCAAUGAAGCAGGAGCCCAUUCAGGUCUCCAACGACGAACCCAGGGAUCUGAUGCCCAGUUCGUCAAAGCGUGAUGGACCGGAGUCACGGACUGUGACUCUGGGCCCAGAAUCAAAGAAGCAGCGCAUUUCCUUUGUCACACCACCUUCCGAGUACAUGUCGGAAGCCUUCCUCAACAUGGCGCGUGCCCGUCGGGUUGUUAAACUGGAUGACGACUUCCACUGCGAGCCUAACGAGAUCCUUCAUGCGUGUGCUACCUCAUCAUCCAAGCAGAGUCUCUUCUGCAUGUCCACUCCUGGUUGGAUGGCAGACCUUCAACAAGGCAGUAUCUUUCGUGUGGACUCUGAGACAGACCUCAUUGGUGAGGACGACGUGUUUGACAUAUGGCCGCAGUGUGAAGAGGGAGACUUGAAGGAAGUAGGUCAGUUCGUUGACCAGGACGCCUUCAAACCUGUUAAAAGGGACGAGCUUGGCAAGGAUUGUGCAGUCAUCGAUGCCAUCUGGGUCAGAAAGUGGAAGCGCACUGCUGCCGGCAAGAUCGUGAAGAGCAGGCUGUGUGCACGUGGCUGCCAUGAUCCAUGGAAGCACCUGAUGAGCAGCAGGUCGACCACAGCGACCAGACUGUCGCAGAGGCUCAUCCUGCUGUCAGCCGCCAAUGUACGAGGCAAGGUCCUCGAGAGCUGGGACGUGGCAGGUGCGUUCCUGAAGGGACUCACCUACAAGGAGCUGUGGCGUGCCCUUCGUGAACUUGGUCUUCAAACGGUGGAAAGGCUUAUUGCCAUUGAUCCUCCUCGGAACGUCUGGCGUCACCUGAGGAAGCUUGGCAAGCGCUUCGACAUCCCUGAGAACGAGCUCCACUUGUACGUCCUGUUGUGCCUAAAGCCCGUCUACGGCUUGUCCGAGGCACCUUUGGCUUGGCAGCUGUUUCUUCAUAAGUUCCUCCGUGAACUUGGGGCACAGCAGUCCCACUUCGACGAGAACUAUUGGUACUGGCCAGCCAAGGCUCAGGGUGCUUGGCCGAGGUCUACGCAUGUUGACGAUCUGGCAGUCGAAGGGUACAAGUCGUGGCUCAACGAAACCUUUGACCAAAUGGUCAAGAAGUUUGGCAAGCUCACUCGCGAGUCCCUUCCGUUCAACCACUGCGGCUGCCGAUACUCUUCCACAGCAGAUGGCUACAAGGUGGAUCAGAUCGAGUACGUGUCCAUGCUGAAACCAGUUCCAGUCAGCAAGGACGAUGAGGACGAUCGGCCACUGACACCUGCGGAGACCCCUUUGCUCCGUUCCGCUGUGGGCGGACUGAUGUGGACCAGCCUGACGAGACCUGAUUUGCUGGCAGAGCUGUCAACCCUGCAGGGCAUCAUGAACAAGGGCAGGGUUCAACACCUGAAGGACAUCAAUGUUCUCAUUGAACGUGCCAAGAAGGACAAGGAGGCUGCCAUUUACUACAGGCCGCUGCAGGAGACGUACUACCGCAUCGUCAUUAUACAUGACGCCUCGGCCGCUACUUCGACAAAGAACUACGCUCAGGAGGGCGUGAUUGUGGUCCUGAUGAAUGACUUCAUCAACACCGACAAGAACCAUGUGAUCGCCAAUGACGAGUUUGCAAGUACGACGUUAUCUGGUAAGGCUCAGCUCCUGCAUGUUCAAUCGAACAAGGCGAAGAGAAUCUCAUAUUCAACCAGCCAUGGUGAAACGUUGGCCGCGAUAAACGGCCUCGAGUGUGCCACGUUGAUCUCCGCCCGCUUGGAAUGUUUAGGGUCGUUCGGGGACUCGUUUGUAGUGUUUCGGCUUCCACGGUUGUCAAUGUACAUAUGCACCCAAAUGUGUGAUUGA